UCCUGGAGCAAGGGAGAGCAGCAGGAGGAUGUAUGGCCUUUGCUCUGGAGGCCAGUGGAGAUGGGCGCAUCAUUUCCUUCUAGCCAUCUGGCUUUCACUGCUGGCAACCACUCCACCCAGAGCGUUUGGCUAUUUCCUGGGAGACACAAAGGCAGUAUUAAAUGGCUGUAAGGACCACUGGACCCUGCAGGACAGGGCCGCCAUGCCACUGCUUUUUCAGAUGACUGUGUGUGUGGACAUCCGUGUGGUCGUCCCAGGAGCCUGGGUGGCCUUCUCUUACAGCUCGGUCCACGCACCCCGGCCUGAGCUAGGUCUGGAGGGAGACGAUGGGGCUCUGUACGGAUGGCUGCUAAGGGUCCGACAUCGAUUCCCUCUCCGGCUGUCCCCAACACACUGGCAUAGGGUGUGCCUGAGGAGAGAUGUACUGGGCAACUCAUUUAGCCUGGAGGUCGAUGGGAAAAUGGUCGCAGAGAGGACAGUCAUCGCUCAGGCCAUCCCUCCAUCUGGCUCCCUGUGGCUGGGCUGUCGUCCUAGAGACAGACCCCCGGGAGUCGUGCUCGGAGAAGUGGAGGUGUACCUGUUCCGCAUAUGGCCGGACCUCAGUAAUCAUGGUCUCUGCGAGGAUGGCACUGUGAUUGGCUGGAAUGCUCAGUUUUGGGGCCUGACCAGCCCAAAUGCCAGACAGAGAGACCCCAACCUCAUGUGUGACCACAGGCGGUUGAAACGUUCGGCUUCUGGUUACGGAAUCAAAAAAGCGGUGUCGUCAGCAACUACAACUUCAUCUGGACGGUUACUCCCACCUUCAACUGGUUCACCUUCACCCAGUACUACCUCACGUCCUGUCAUAGCAACACCUGUUACUGACACUAGAAACCAGACAGAGUUCACAGUAUCAACAUCUCCUGGUGGCACCACAGUCUACAGCAGUCAGUCAGAGCCUCCGUCAGUCAAACCCUCAACAAAUGUCACCUCACCCACCACCACACUGAGCACGCUCAACCCGACCACAGCUUCCAUCACAGAUUCAACAACAGCCCAAGGCCCUGCCACUGGAGAGAAAACUAACAGUGAUCCAGCUCCGGUUUCACCUGUAGCCACUCAUCAAACAGCUACUACAGACGCCAUGUCUCCAACUGCGAGAUCUACUCCGCCCUCUACCGCCAGUCCGCCCAAUCAGAUCUCAACUAGCACCAAAACUUCUUUAAUCAAAACUCUGCUUGACAAGCAAACCACACCUAGAAGAUCACUCACAACAGGAUCCUCACCAGUAAACUGUGACAUCAGCAAACUCUGUUCCAAUGAGAAUGCUUACUUUUGGAUGACUAUAAGUGUGGAGGCUGAAAGAGGCACUAAGACUGAGAUAGAUGUCCAAAACCUGGUGUCAAAAGCGUUUGGUUGCAGCAGUGACAAAAGUGAGGCAACGGAAACAGGCUUUUUAGAUCUCUGUCAGGGUAACACAGAAGCUCAGGUAAUAAAGGUGAACUGUGGUGUAAAAAGCACAAUCAGCAAAACAAACUGCUACGUGCUGUUGAAGCUCACAAAUGCCGUCUCAGCGUGUGAACUGCAGCAGGCUGGAAUCUCUGCACUGCAGCGAGCUGGAGAUGAAGAAAUAAAAGCAACAAUCAUGGGAGAGGUGGAGAGAGUCGGUCUAGAUCUGUGUGGGGAUAUGGAGUCCUCUAGUGGCAGCUUUAUGAGGUGCAUGUCCUCAUCUUCACUAGAUGAUAUCUGUCAGGAAAAGCAAUACUCCGAUCUUACAUGCUCCCUCAUAGAGCCCAACUCCAUUCCAGCUACACAACCUCAGACAGAACCCUGUGGCAGGGAAGCGCCUCGGUUCUGUAACUGCACUGCUUUCUGCAAUUCUGCAAGCCAGUUUUUUGCCAUAAGAAUCAAUAUUAUCAGUGAUACUGUUACUGUUGACUCCCUAAAUGAAAUGUUGUCAAAUCUUGUAAGUCAUGUAUGCGCCGCAGGGGGAGGGUCAGAGUGCCAAGAAUAUUCAGAGAUUUCAAAGCGCUACAAGGUUGCUCAUCUGGAAUGCCAUGGGACACAAGACCGGUUGCACAGCUGUAUGGUGAUACUGGAGAUGUCUGGACCUGUCAAUGGUUGCUCCCUUAGUAAACUUCUGCAACAACUCAUUGACAGAACGAAUGACUUCGAAAAUGAAGGGCCACUUACUCGCAUGGUGGUAUGUGGUCCUCCUGGUUUGUCUGUUCAUACUUUGUUGGCGUCCAACCUGACCUGGGUUGCCAGUGACCUGCUGACUUCUGAUAUCUGCCAACCUGACCGUACUCUGCUUAAAUGUGAGGCCAGUGAAACUCUUGCUGUGCUUCUGAGUGACAGCUGUCCUCUGAAGCCUCUCACAACCAGGCCAAGCACAAUGCAUCCUUCCACUCAGACCAAAAGCGACAUCACUACAGCUACUAAAGCCACACCACCAACUGUGACUAAUACCACCCAACGAACUAACGCAACAUCUGAAAAUACUCCUGCAACUCAACGGGAAAAUGCAUCAAAAGGAACAACUCAGCUUAACAAGACAACUCCAUUUACAGUGUUUAGUAGUACACAGUCCUCGACAGCACAACCUGUCCUCCAAACCAGCUCUCAGAACACAACUGUGACUGUCUCUGAUAACACAACACCACAAAAGACAACUUCAUCUGAUAACACAACAUUGCUGACACCCACUGAAAACACAAAACUUCAAAAAACAACCACAGCACAACAAAACACAUCAGAGUCUAUCACGUUAUCCUCCAUGAACUCUAAACUACCAACCACCACAACUUCAGCCAGCAACCUAACAUUACAAAACGCUACAACUAUUCACAUUACGUCAACACUAAACACAACUACACUGUCUCCCAAUCACACUAUAGAGUACAAUGUUACCACAGCUGACACUUUUGCAACUUCUCCAAAUGACACAACACUGUACAAUGCAACUACAGCUGAUUCAUUUACACCCUCUCCCAAUGACACAAUGGUGUACAAUGUAACUACAGCCGACACAUCAACACUUACUCUCAAUGCUACAACAGAGUACACUAUAACUACAGCUGAUUCAUUUACACCCUCUCCCAAUGACACAGUGGUGUACAAUGUAACUACAGCCGACAUAUCAACACUUACUCCCAAUGCCACAACAGAGUACACUAUAACUACAGCUGAUUCAUUUACACCCUCUCCCAAUGACACAAUGGUGUACAAUGUAACUACAGCCGAAACAACAACACUUACUCCCAAUACCACAACAAAGUACAAUGUAACUGCAAUCAAUGCAUUUACACUUUCUCCAAAUGACACAACACUGUACAAUAUAACUACAGCUGACAAAUUUACACCUACUACCAAUCACACUACAGAGUACAAUGCAACUACAGCCAACACACUUACACCCUCUCCAAAUGACACAACAGUGUACAAUGUAACUACAGCUAAUUCUUUUACACCUACUCCCAAUGACACAACAGAGUACAAUGCAACUACAGCUAAUUCUUUUACACCUACUCCCAAUGACACAACAGUGUACAAUAUAACUACAACUGACACAUUUACACCUUCUCCAAAUGGUACAACACUGCACAAUGCAACCACAGCUGACACAUUUACACCUUCUCCCAGUGCCACAACAGAGUACAAUGUAACUACAGCCGGCAUAUUUACACCUUCUCCAAAUCACACCACUACAGCUGACACUUUUACACCUUCUCCAAAUGAUACAACAGUGUACAAUUCGACUACAGCUGAUUCAUUUACACCCACUCCCAAUGUCACAGGGGUGUACAAUGUAAGUACAGCCAAAGCAUAUACACCAUCCUACAAUCACACAACAGAGUACAACCUAACUACAGCCAACACAUUUACUCCGGCUCCCAAUAACAAAACUGUGUACAACAUGACAACAGCUGAUACGUUUACACCUUCCGCAAAUCACACAACAAUGUAUAAUGAAACUAUAGCCAUCAACAAUGGAAAAGUGCACAACAGUACAAAUUCAACUGGAAAUCCAAUGGUUAGUGCAUUUACAACAUCCCCCAAUUACACAACAGAGUAUAAUGUAACCACAGCCUCCAACAAUUACACAACAGAGUACAAUCUAACCUCAGCCCCCAACAAUAACACAACAGAGUACAAUGUGACCACAACCUCCAACAAUUACACAACAGAGUACAAUGUGUCCACAGUCUCCAACAAUUACACAACAGAGUACAAUGUGUCCACAGCCUCCAACAAUUACACAACAGAGUACAAUAUGACCACAGCCUCCAACAAUUACACAACAGAGCACAAUAUGACCACAGCCCCCAACAAUUACACAACAGAGUACAAUAUGACCACAGCCUCCAACAAUUACACAACAGAGUACAAUAUGACCACAGCCCCCAACAAUUACACAACAGAGUAUAAUGUGACCACAGCCUCCAACAAUUACAAAACAGAGUACAAUGUGACCACAGCUUCCAACAAUUACACAACGGAGUACAAUAUGAUCACAGCCCCCAACAAUUACACAACAGAGUACAACAUGACCACAGCCUCCAACAAUUACACAACAGAGUACAAUAUGACCACAGCUUCCAACAAUUACACAACAGAGUACAAUGUGACCACAGCUUCCAACAAUUACACGACAGAGCACAAUAUGACCACAGCCCCCAACAAUUACACAACAGAGUACAACAUGACCACAGCUUCCAACAAUUACACAACAGAGUACAAUAUGACCACAGCCUCCAACAAUUACACAACAGAGCACAAUAUGACCACAGCCCCCAACAAUAACUCAACAGAGUACAAUGUGACCACAGCUUCCAACAAUUACACAACAGAGUACAAUAUGACCACAGCCUCCAACAAUUACACAACAGAGCACAAUAUGACCACAGCCCCCAACAAUUACACAACAGAGUACAAUGUGACCACAGCCUCUAACAAUUACACAACAGAGUACAAUGUGACCACAGCCCCCAACAAUUACACAACAGAGGACAAUGUGACCACAGCCUCCAACAAUUACACAGCAGGGUACAAUGUGACCACAGCUUCCAACAAUUAUACAACAGGGUACAAUGUGACCACAGCCUCCAACAAUUACACAACAGGAUACAAUGUGACCACAGCCUCCAACAAUUACACAACAGAGUACAAUCUAACCACAGCCCCCAACAAUAACACAACAGAGUACAAUGUGACCACAGCCUCCAACAAUUACACAACAGGAUACAAUGUGACUACAGCCUCCAACAAUUACACAACAGAGUACAAUCUAACCACAGCCCUCAACAAUUACACAACAGAGUACAAUGUGACCACAGCCUCCAAUAAUUACACAACAGGGUACAAUAUGACCACAGCCUCCAACAAUUACACAACAGAGUACAAUCUAACCACAGCCCCCAACAAUUACACAACAGAGUAUAAUGUGACCACAGCCUCCAACAAUUACAAAACAGAGUACAAUGUGACCACAGCUUCCAACAAUUACACAACAGAGUACAAUAUGACCACAGCCCCCAACAAUUACACAACAGGGUACGAUGUGACCACAGCUUCCAACAAUAACACAACAGAGUACAAUCUAACCACAGCCCCCAACAAUUACACAACAGAGUACAAUGUGACCACAGCCUCCAACAAUUACACAACAGAGUACAAUCUAACCACAGCCUCCAACAAUUACACAACAGAGUACAAUAUGACCACAGCCUCCAACAAUCACACAACAGAGUAUAAUGUAACCACAGCCUCUAACAAUUACACAAAAGAGUAUAAUGUGACCACAGCUUCCAACAAUUACACAACAGAGUACAAUAUGACCACAGCCUCAAACAAUUACACAACAGAGUACAAUAUGACCACAGCCUCCAACAAUUACACAACAGAGUUCAAUAUGACCACAGCCCCCAACAAUUACACAACAGAGUACAAUAUGACCACAGCCUCCAACAAUUACACAACAGAGUACAAUAUGACCACAGUCUCCAACAAUUACACAACAGAGUACAAUAUGACCACAGCCUCCAACAAUUACACAACAGAGUUCAAUAUGACCACAGCCCCCAACAAUUACACAACAGAGUACAAUAUGACCACAGCCUCCAACAAUUACACAACAGAGUACAAUAUGACCACAGCUUCCAACAAUUACACAACAGAGCACAAUAUGACCACAGCCUCCAACAAUUACACAACAGAGUAUAAUGUAACCACAGCCUCCAACAAUUACACAACAGUGGAAAACAAAACUGCAGCCAUCGAUAAACUACACAACAGUACAAGUACCACAACAAUUAGCACUUUCACAACAUCUCCCAAUUACACAACAGUGUCCAAUGUAACUACAGCUGGCGACAACAUGAAUUUACACAACGUUACGAUUACAAGUAACACGACGAGUAGCACAGUAACAACAUCCACCAAUUACACAAUGAUGAGCAAUGAAACCACAGCCUCUAACAAUUACACAACAGCAGAGAAUAUAACCACUACUUCUAUAUCACAAAACAAUACCACCUCAGACCAUGUAACCACCGUACCCAUUAGGGGAACACAACAGAACACAACUGUUCCUUAUAAAAACAUCACUGUGUCUACCACAGCUAGACAAGUUAAUGAAACUCUUUACAAUGCAACAACAUCUACAAAAACCUCAACUGUGGACAAUAUGACUUCUACUGUCAACAACACCACUAAAACCACAGUAACUCCACUGAACAACCAGACAACACAUUACACCACAGUGAGUGUCCCUCACAACAGUAUGACAACCAACAGAAAAGACACCAACUCCACUACGGCCGCCAGAGGCUUCAGUCCCAUGUCCAAUCUCAACACAACUGCAGGAACCAGCUUCAAUCUGAGCUCAACUGCAAGCAGUUUAACAAUUAAUUUCACCGUAACAGCAAAAGCACCGGGAGUCAAUUUAACUACAGCAGCAAAUACCUUGCUUGAACAAACAUCUACAACUUCAACUUCAACCACGACUACCACAGUUACUACUGCACAUGGUCCACUUCCAGGUCAGGAUAACACCACAACUGCUAUGGUUUCCUUGCCUUCUACAACAACUACAACAACUCUCCAAACCACCACCCUCACCAGCACAACCAACACAAUAGCUGGCACUGGAAUUACUUCCAGAACCACAAAGGAGACAACAACCAGUCAAUUGGCAAAGGAAGAACAAGUGGACGUGCUGCUGAAUGAAACACAGGAUGCAUCUCAGCUCAACUCCUCACAGGUAGUGCAAGUGGUGUGGGAUUUGGAGAAGCUUGUGGAAGGCCCCACGGUAUCUCAGAAAGUAGGAAAGAAAACCAUUAACAUAGUCAGCAACCUGAUGCAGGUUGACUCAGAGGUCCUCUCAGCAUCUGCAAACAGGCUAAUUCGAGUGGUGGAUAACUUGGGUCUUAAACUGGCUCUCACUGGUGACAGAGUGAUCCUUUCUUCAGAUUCUGUGGUUCUGGCAGUCCAAAGAGUGGAUGGGACCAACUUUCCAACAAUCUCUGUCAACAUUUUCAACACCAAUAAUGUUCAGCUCCGUGGCUUAAGCAGGUCCCAGUCCAGGAGCUCAGAGCCUGCCAUGGGGUCUGUAUUCUUACCCUCCUCCAUCACAGAGGGCCUGAGUCCUGAGGAGCAGCAGCAGGCCAACAGGGUCCAGUUCACCUUCUUCACCAAAUCUGCAUUCUUCAAGGAUGCAGCAUUAAAAAAUGAAACUCUUGUCAGUCCGGUUCUGGGCGCCAGCAUAGCCAACAUGUCAAUAAGCAACCUGAAAGAAAACAUUCAGUUUACCAUCCGAAACACCAACCCCAUACAUGCAAACUUCAUGGCCUCCUGUGUAUUUUGGGACUUCACUCUGAAUGGUGGUGGAGGAGGCUGGAGCUCUGCCGGCUGCUCUCUUGUCAAUGCUACUCCGGAGGAUACAACCUGCAGCUGCAACCAUCUCACCUCUUUUGCAAUACUGCUGGAUAUGUCCAGAGAAGGAAUGACUAACCGUCAGCAGGCACAGGUUCUCACUUUCAUCACCUACAUCGGCUGUGGAGUCUCGGCUAUUUUUCUCGCUGUCACCAUAUUGACAUAUCUCUCAUUUCAAAAACUGCUCAGGGAUAUUCCUGCCAAGAUCCUGGUUCAGCUCUGCAUGUCCCUCUUCCUCCUUAACCUGGUCUUCUUGCUGGACGGCUGGCUGGCACUCUACCCAGCCACUGGGCUGUGUAUUAGCACCGCCUUUUUCUUGCACUACUUUAUGCUGACAUCGUUCACCUGGGCAGGGCUUGAGGCCCUGCAUAUGUACCUGAGCAUCGUCCAGGUGUUCACUCCCUACCUCAGCAGAUACAUGCUCAAGUUCUCACUGAUGGGCUGGGGUAUUCCUCUUAUUGUGGUGAUCAUUGUAAUAUCAGUGGACAAAGAUAACUAUGGUCUGGUAUCGUAUGGAAAAUACAGAGAUGGCACUACAGAUGACUUCUGUUGGCUGCGAAAUGACAUAGCCUUCUAUGUGGGCGUGGUGGCCUACUUCAUCCUGAUCUUUGUGCUGUGCCUGCUUGUCUUCAUCAUCGUUAUGGUCCAGCUGGCCCGGAUCAAGAAGCAGAACCCCCAAAACCAGUCUCCCAACAGGGGAGUGAUGACUGACCUGCGCAGCAUCGCUGGCCUCAUCCUCCUGCUUGGCCUCACCUGGGGGUUCGCUCUGUUCGCCUGGGGACCCCUCUACUUACCCUUUGUUUACCUUUUCUCCAUAUUCAACUCUUUGCAAGGUUUCUUCAUCUUUGUUUUCCACUGUGCCGUUAAGGAGAAUGUCCGCAGGCAGUGGAGGACUUAUCUCUGCUGUGGGAAAUUGCGACUGGCUGAAAACUCAGAAUGGAGUCGGACGGCCACCCAGAACAACAGGAAUAUGUCCGUCACCACAGCAACCACCUCAGCUCUCCCUCUCACCUCUCGAAGCUCCUCCGUCAUCAGCGACGGCACCAAUAGCAGCGGCUCUGUGUUUAUGGACAGUGGGAUAUCCGACGGCUCGAACAGCGACGUUGUCCUCAAUGAGCUUCACAGGCGAAAUCAGUCACCGCAAGGCGAGGCCUGACAGCUGUGUCAAGCAUUCGUUUGUGAUUACUGUAAUUAUCUACUCUGAGUGAGCUGAGAGGACGGUCAGAGAUGGGUGAUGUCUUGCGGCUUGAGGAAAACAAAAAACUAAUAACAAGAGUAGAUGUUAAUGGGGUUCCAGGAAAUCCUUGUUGUUAGACAGGAUGGAGGAGGCAUAAAAGGUGUUAUGAAGGACAAAAGACUGAAGAGGUGAAAAUGAAGUACCUUUAGUGAGGAUGAGAACAGUGUGAUCAAUUAUUGCUUGAAUGCAACAAUUGAUAUUUUCUCUACAUUGACAGUAGAAUGUAUGUACACAGUGAUAAGAGUUGUACUGUAAGUGUACAGUAGGUGUGUUUUUGACUGAAAAAUGCAAUUAUUUCACUGUUAUACCGUGAUGUUUGUAGACUGUGUAGCUUAUUUCCAAGCUCUGCAAACUGCUAGUCUAAACAUUAAAUAUGAUGUUUACAUUAUCUUCAGUCUGUGAAGAAGGUUGCGGCAUGUUGAAGAUGCAAAAUUGCAUUUAAUUAGUAGCCUAGAACAGACAGCUGUCUACACUGUAUAGACUAUUGUGAGGCUAUUUUGCUGUCUUUUGGUAUAUUUUUCUUAUUCACUAACAUCAAUGGAAAACAUGAAGAUAUUCUCAAUGUGUUUACAAUGCUCCACUGACUGUUACCUUUAUAUUUUAAUAAAGAGUCCAAUUCCCAACUUUACAACCCACAUCCAGGGGACAUGAGAAGGCACUUUGGGAAGGGAUUCCCAAUGUAUAAUAGAGACAAGGUGGAUUAAAGGAAACUGUAUUCACCGCAAAAUGAAGGAAUUUGUUGAUAACAAAUUGAUCAUAUAUAUCUUUAUUAGAGUAUUUAAAGUGGCAUUCCUCCUUUAAUGUGGAUACAGUUUUAUUUCACUAAAGUUCAGUGUUGAUAUUAGGCUCAGAGUUGUUACAUUAUGCGUAUACAUUAGAUAUUUUUUAAGGGUAAAAGACACGAAGUAUGGUCAUGCAGCAUACUGAUGUGAGGAUUUAUUUCCUGUCCUUUUUAAUACGGACAGAUAUGGCUAAUGUCCUUGUGCAAGAACAUGCCAUGAA